GCCACUAAGGCCUAAAAAAUUAGGAGGCAGUCAAUCCAACAUAGAGGCAAUUCUUGGCAAUGGGGAUCCUUCCUUGGCAAUUCUUGGAUGCAUGAGAAAGGCUUCAGCCUAUCCUCUGACCAGAAAGAGAGCCAUUGUCUACCAGCAAUUGAGCCUCCCUCUGAUCAACACAAUAACACUCAUGUUAUUUCAGUUCACCUGUCAUCUUAUCAUGGUUUAAAACUUUUUGGUUUCUGCAGAUAAAUGGACAGUAAGAAUAAUCAAUCUCCUACAGCCAGAAUUUUAGUUGAGUUCUUGGAAGUGGCAAUUACUUCAGUAGUUUUCCUCAAAGGAGUUUAUCCUUCUGAUGCAUUUGAGAGGAGGAGGUAUAUGAACGUUGUAGUGCAGAGAGCUAGGCAUCCACAGCUUAGAGAUUAUAUUCACUCUGCUGUUUCUGGGCUUCUUCCUUUUAUCCAAAAGGGACUGGUGGAGAGAGUAGCUGUAAUUUUCUUCAACACUGAUAACAUCCCACUGGAGAGAUUCAUUUUCAAGCUCGCAAUGGACCAGUCUUAUGGCUCGAAAGUGGAAGAAGGUGACUUGGAGUUUUCUCUUAGAUCAUUCUUGGUCAAACUCUCUGUCUCAGAAGGUCUUACCAAAGUUCUUCCCCGAGAUUGCAGGUGGGAGAUAACUGCUUAUUUUCGCUCCCUCCCUCAUGUUAGCACAAGCAAGGAUGCAGAUUUAUGGAUACCAACAGACACAAAACAGUGGCAGCAACCUUCACUAAUAACACCAAUCAAAUCCAUGAGUAGUGAACCUCUGUCUGUGCAGUUAUAUUUGGAACAUCCUAGCUUAUCUGAACCAAAGCCUCAAGAGAAGAAGAUUUUAUAGCCUGCCGGUUCACAUCUACAAAUUUACUCUCAACUUGUUUUACGCAUCCUCUAAACUUCUGUUUCUUGUUAGAUAAAACCACCUUGCAGUAACAUAUCAGUAAGAACCUUUUUUGUUUUUCUUACACAGUUUAGAGUAACAUUUAUCCACAACAGUUUAGAGUUCCAGUAAUACAAGGUCUAUCCGUGGUGUCAUAGAAUGGUAUACUCCAUUUGAUACAGUACACCAUGCAUACUUAGUAGUUAGUUGUGUGCUUCUUCUUUUUUCAUUCAAGUUGAGCUCCUUGCUUGUUUA